AUGGCCGCUCUCGCCGAUCAGGAGACCUCUAGUCCACCACUGAUCCAGCUCAAAAGCGACAUGCGCAACCUGGGAUCCGUCGUUAACGACGAAUACGGCACCUUUGAGGUGUCUAUUAUCGAGGCUGAGUCCGACUUCGAGAACCUGGAGAGGUACAAACCCGUCCUGAAUCGGUGCGAACGCGCCUGCCACGCAUGCUCAGAAGAAUGUUUGUUUAUUUGGUUGCUGCUAUCCGCUCCCUUCCAGCUCAUGACGUACAAGACGCUGCUGUUCCACGGCGCAAACGUCGUUUUUUCGGUGGUAGCACUCGGAUGCGUCACUACGUUGUACGCGGUCAAGCUACCGCUGACGCUGACAACAGCAUGCGCGGUCAGGUUCCAAAGCUUCGAGAUUUGGACGCUACGGCAUCUACUGCAAUUGGACUGCGUGCUGUUCAAUUUCAUAUCGCCCCCCAGCGAGCGCGUCAUGGUCUACGGUCCGUCCGUCCACAUGCAGCAGGAAGAGGGACUCUACGGCAUGUACGCGCAGCUCUACUUUGGCGGGAUCAAACUUCUGACCACGGGCGUUCCUGGCGCAAUUGCUGCGUCCAUGUUCUUCUGGUUGCUACAGAACGUCCUUUCGACGAUCAUCCAUCUCGGCGGCGACGCGGGGACAGAAGCGAGCUCCAUCAACGGCCACUCGCUGAGUGCUACGUACGAGCUGGACGUGAUGACGGUCGUAGCUAUUGUAGCCAUUUAUCCUUGCGUGUUGCUGCUACACGUCUUCGCCUUCAUGUCGCGGCAAUUCACUAUUUUUUUCUGCUCGCAAUAUCUGCUGUACGCCGGCGGUGUGUUAGCAUGA